AUGAAGGAAAUCAUAGAACAGGAGUUAAAUGCUCGCUUUUGUGGAAAAGUUAUAUAUAAAGUCGGUCUGUGCGUUUCAUUAUGGGACAUUUUAAAAGUUGAGGAAAGUUUCAUAUCAGAUAGUGACGGUGCUUAUUAUACUGCAGUGACCUUCCGCAUUGUUUGUUUUCGUCCAUUUAUUGAUGAAAUUCUUAUUGGGAUCGUAAAAUCUGUUUCAAAAAGUGGUCUUCGUGUAUCAUUAAACUUUUUUGAUGACAUUCUUAUACCUGCAGAAAAACUACGAUCACCAUCAAGAUAUGAUUAUGAACAAAAUGCAUGGAUAUGGGAAUAUGCUUAUGAAGGUGAAACAGCUGAAUUACGCAUCGAUAAACAUGAUACUAUACGAUUUCGAGUUGUAGAAGAAAUUUGGACUGAUCCUAAUCCGGAUAACGAGAAGACGACGACAAACUCAGAUCCCACUGAGACUGAUGCAAAUGCAGACACCUUAACUGAAUCCAAGGCUCCAUAUACUUUAAUAGGUUCAGUUGUAGCGGAUGGACUAGGUGUAACCUGUUGGUGGGUCAACUGA